AUGGUUAACUAUUACAACAUUGCUGGCCGCAAGAUCGGCUCCCACCAUCUUGCCAUGGGCAUCCUCGGCGGUCUUUUUGGCAGUAUCUACCUUGCUUCCAGCGGUGGCAGCAAGAAGCAGGUGGUAACACCUCCCAUCAACGCCGGAUCUAAGGAUGAGGAAAAAUUCAUCCAGGACUUCCUCAAGAGCGUCGAAGGUGAACAAAAAGCCGGCCAUUAA